AUGGCGACUAACGGCAAGGCGCGAAGGAAAGAUGAGCAUUUAAUUUCAAUACAAGUGAAUAAGAGAGCCCAGGGCUUGGUGGCUCGAAUGGCGAGGGCCUAUCUGAAAGCGGUUAAAGAAAGCCAAGAGAAUGUAACUGUGCCUGCCGUACAAAGAAGGGGCUUUCCGAAACUGGAGUCAUUGGAAAGAGUAGUUCAGAUACCUAUAGUGGAAUCCGGUAUUGGUGUUACAGAAAAGAUAUAUACAAGAAUACGCGAAUCCAACCGCCUUAUCCGCUGGUAUUUUACUCUCGGAGAAAAGUCCUUGGACAUAGGUUUCCAGCUAGCAUUGCCUGCUGUCCACCUCCUGGAGACGCCUAUUCAUCAGCUCGAUAAACUUCUCUGUAAAAGCUUAGAUGUAGUGGAGAAACAAGUGCCUUCGAUAUACCUUCCACCACAAGCAAUUUAUUCAGAGACGAGGCGAUUUGUACUCCGACGCGCAGAUUCCGUUAAGUAUCUCGGCACAGCUGUUCUCGACUCCAGGGUGACAGCGGUAACUGCUACAGCUCUGGACCGCGCUUUGACCACAGCAGACAAGUAUAUGGACAUUUAUUUACCGCCCGACUCUCAGGACGCUGUUGAUGUGAUUAUCAUAGUUACAAGCCCAGAAGCAGUGGACAAAGGGGAAGGUUCAGGACGUGCGAGGGCUGAACAGGCACUGCAGCACGGAGCCAGAUUCGGAAGGAAACUGCAGAGGAGGCUCACACGACAGGCCUUAGCUGAAGCGAAAGCUAUAAAGGAACAAAUACACGUGCUUGUCUAUGUUGCUGAACUGGUGGCAACAGACCCCGCACUAGCUUGGAAAAAGGCAAAAGAGCUAUACGCAUCUCUAUCAAAACAAGAGCCAGAGAACCAAGCACGUCCAGCUACUCUUGAAGAAUUGGUAGUUCUCUUAGCACGGGAGACCGCCAGAAAGGUGGUACAUCUGAUCAAUUAUACUCACUCCGAUCUACCCAAAAAUGUCCGCCAAGGUUUAUCUGUGGUAACCAAUCAUUUGUCACUGGCUGCGGACUCGCUUCUAAAGACGCUGCCUGUGGAAAGUGCAAUCAGCGAAGUAAAAAGCCUACGCAGCAGACUAACAGCUCUUCUUCAACAAUUGCAGGAUUCCUCAAAAAUCUACCUCGAACAUCUGGCGAUGUUUUUGGCGGGAAAUGAGGAGCGCGAAAAAAUAACACCGCGCUCUGUGUUUCAACAACGAGACGACUUGGCGGCCAUUAAUGGUGUAAAUUAA